GGGAAAAUAGGAAAGCUGUCGGGAAGGAAGGGGAAGAGCAGUGAACAAGCCGAGGAACAUACCUAUUAUCUAUUCUAGUGUGAAUGGAGCAGUGUGAGAGUGCAGCCUCUCUCCUGGCCUCCGUGCGGGAGCAGGAGCGUCAGUUUGAGCGUUUGACUCGCGCUCUGGAGGAGGAGAGGAGGUGCGGAGGCACCCUCCCACGCCCUCCCCCCAAUCUACAGAAUGGGCGUGCUUCUUGUGAUGCGGACAUAGAGAGGCUCACACUGAACGAGGGAUACGUCAACGGGACACAUUACAGGAUGGAGCCUGGUCAAGUUGUCCAGGAGACGGUUACCGUGGAGGAGGACCCUCACGAGGUGCCCCCCGUCAUCUCCGUGGAAACCAGCGAAGAUGGCACCACGCGCCGCACAGAAACUACGGUAAAGAAGGUAGUGAAGACUACCAUGACUCGUACAGUCAUCCCCUCUGUGUCUGACAACCUCUCCCUGGAUGGAGGGGGGUCUAUGACAGGUGUAGGGGGUUACACCACCCCCAUGGAGCGGGUCUACAGACAGCCAGGUCCUCCCAUGGAUUACCCCACCAACACCGUGCCCCGAAACUACCACUACGGACCCCCGGGGGGGUACGAGGACUAUCGCCAGGGCCCUCCUCCCUCCAUAGGGGAGACAUACGCCAGCCUGAGCAGGGGAGCGCGCAUGGACGACCGCUACAGGCCAGCUGAUGGGUACCGGACCCUGGACUCAGGAUACAGAGCCAUCAGCAGGAACCAGCUGGACCCAUACGCAGCACAGCCACAGGUGGGUCGUAUGGGCAGUGCGUUGGAGCUGUCUGGGAUGCAGAGGUUUGUCCCGGAGCCGUACGGUCUGGAGGAUGACCAGAGGAGUCUGGGAUAUGACGAGGCAGACUACGGCAUGGGACCGGCCAUCCACUACGGAACAGUACCACGCAACCAACAAGCCUUCAACCACGGACCGCCCCGCAGGACAGGGAGCUAUGAAGGGGCUCUGGAUGGAGACAUGAGUGGAGCAGGGGACAUGUACUACUGGGGAGGUGCACCCCUGGCCCAGGGAGAGAGGGGUAGCAUGGCUUCAUUGGACAGCACCCUGAGGAAAGGCCCCGCCACUUCCUGGAGACAGCCGGAGCUGCCGGAGGUCAUCGCCAUGCUCAACUACAGACUGGACCCCGUCAAGAGCAAUGCUGCCGCAUACCUGCAGCACCUCACCUUUAAGAACGACAAGGUGAAGACAGAUGUCCGUCGUAUGAAAGGUAUCCCAUCCCUGGUGUCCAUGUUAGACAACCCUAAGAAGGAGGUCCACCACGCCGCCUGCGGAGCGCUCAAAAACAUCUCUUACGGACGAGACGCUGACAAUAAGAUCGCCAUCAAGAACUGUGAUGGAGUACCGGCCCUGGUCAGACUGCUGAGGAAGACCAGAGACCAGGACCUGACUGAUACUAUCACAGGUAAUACUACUGCGGGGGGGCUCUAUGGAGAAGGUAAGGGUCAGACCUGGGAUAAAGAGUUCCAGUGUAAAGGCAAUGAGUCCCUUCUCCUGGACUGUAGCACCGCAGCCAGAGAAAAGAAGAACUGCACACAUGGAAAUGAUGUGGGUCUCACCUGCUCGAACAGCUGGACUGUGGCAGACAGCUGGACUGUGUGCAGAAAGCUGGACUGUGGCAGACAGCUGGACUGUGGCAGACAGCUGGACUGUGGCAGACAGCUGGACUGUGUGCAGACAGCUGGACUGUGGCAGACAGCUGGACUGUGUGCAGACAGCUGGACUGUGGCAGACAGCUGGACUGUGUGCAGACAGCUGGACUGUGGCAGACAGCUGGACUGUGGCGGACAACUGGACUGUGGCGGACAGCUGGACUGUGGCAGACAGCUGGACUGUGGCAGACAGCUGGACUGUGAUCUCCUGGUCCAGCCUGAUAUCUCCCUGAGUGUCUCAACGGACGGGGUGUCCAGGGGCUACCCGGGACCCGAGCUGUUAUGGGGCCACAGCUUCACCAUCACCUGCUCCACUCAGCCACAGUACCCAGGAGGCUCCUUCCUCCUCAUGCUCCCCGGGAUCAACAGAACCCAGACCCAGCCAGCUGUCAAUCACUCUUCUGCCUUCCUCUUCCCUGCGGCAGAUGACUCCCACCAAGGAAUCUACAGCUGUGUUUAUAAGAAUGAUGUUUUCUCUCAUAACUUCUCCUCUGAGAGUGAGCUCCACUCUCUAACCGUAACAGGUACCUGA